AUGAAUUUCGAGGUGAACAAAUCCAUGGAGAAACCAACUGUAGAUGGUCAAGCUUUUUGGAUUGGAGAACUUACAGAGACAAGAGAAGAAGUGCUGGAUGAACUCCUUCUUAUUGACCCAUUGGAGCUUGCCUUGACAAAGGCUGAAAAUGAGUAUGGAUACAUGGAAAGAGAAGUUCAAUGCUUAGUCAAGUUCAUGGAUUCCAAGGAAGCAUAUAAGGAGCUAAUAGCUUAUAUGGACCUAGAGAGAGAAGAAGAAGAACCAGACAUUGACAAGGAUCAGGAAGUAUCACAAACCAAGGUUAAGUUCGACCCAUGGUGCCCACUUAGAGCUCCAAAAGCCGAGCUCAAGCAACUCCCAGUUGGUCUAAGGUAUGAAUAUCUUGGUCCUAAUGAAACAUAUCCUGUUAUUGUUAAUGCUGCACUAACAAAAGAAGAGACCGCUUUACUUGUUCGCGAACUGAGAAAGCAUAGAAAGGCUCUUGGUUACUCUUUGGAUGAUUUAACAGGAAUCUCACCUGAACUAUGCAUGCAUCAUCAGGAGGAGAGUCUAGAAUAA